AUGGCGGACGGUAAGGACGAUGUGGACCAGUGGAAGGAGCUGAACGAAGCGCGUAAGGCUUCGAUUCAGCGUAAGCUCAUGGUCCCGCUGAUAUACGCUCCGAUGCUACCGCUCAUUCGGAUCGGGUUCAACCAUAACCCGACUUUGAGGAACAGGCUAUACGGGGCAUCGCUGAUUGCCGCGCUCGCCCAUGCUGGGUACAUCAUGGCGAGCGACAGCAGCGUGCUGUGA